AUGUCUCUGCGCUGUACAACGCAGGCGCAACCCCGAUGCUCCCCCCCCCCGGCUCCCUUUCGGUUUGGGACGCCGAAGCAUGCUGCCUCCAUUCCUGCCUGCCUGCUUACAACAGCCCUGAGCGGCCACCGCUCUCCUCGUCUCUCUGUCCCCCGCGUCCAUCCGCACCGCCUUCUCCACACCCGCCAUGUCGUCGCCGUCGCCGAUCCCGCCGCCCAACGACCGGCGCAGCUCGCGGGCCUCCUCUGGCGCGGGCCUGGCCAACGGAACCGACGCGCUGUCCGAGCCGUCAGAAUUGCGUGUGCGUCGCAAGAGCAAAUGCCUCAAAGUGCCCCCCGAACUGUCUGCGCUCGAGUACACGACGGACCCUGACAGCAACCUCGUGUGUCUGAUCUGCCACGCCCCCUUCGACAAGCCGGUCCAGCUGCCCUGCGAGCACUACUUCUGCCGCGAAUGCCUCCAACACGCCUGGGCCCCGCAGUCCGCUCCCUGCAAGACAUGUCCGACGUGCCGCCGCGUGGUGGAGAGCGAGAACGACACUCGCGCCGUGCCCAAGAUCAUCGAGACCAUGCUCGACGAGCUGGUAGUCAAGUGCCCAAACACAAAGACUGGCUGUACGUGGGUCGACCACCGGGUCAACGUACACGAUCACGUCAUGCUGUACUGCGAGUACACGCCCAUUGAAUGCUCUGCAGCUGACUGCAGGUUACACACGACCCAGAAGGACUUUCACAAGGGCUGCCUGCACUACAGUGUCAGCUGCGAGGACUGCCAUGCAUCGCUCAUGAAGAAGGAUCUUGAGGAACACCAGCGAAAUUUGUGUCCCAACAGGACCACUUCGUGCGCCCUUUGUGACGCCGUUCUGCUCCGUCUCGACCUCAAGACCCACAUCAACAACGUGUGUCCGAAACAUGUCAUUUCCUGCCAGGGUGCAAUCGUCGGCUGCAAGUUCCGAUCUGAGCGCGCCGACGUGACACGGCAUGAGAUGGCAUGCGCAAUGGCAACAAUGGCGCCCCACUUCCGGGAACAGCAAGCUCGUCUUGAGAGGCACGAAGCCCGUAUGGAGCCGUUGGUCAGGAAGGUUGGCAUUCUGGAGGAUGGCCUUGGCAACAUCACCAACAUGCUGUAUCCGGCCAACGCCAACGAUGCGUCGUUUCCCGUUGCCGAUCAUCUGGAUCCCAACGACGCAGCGGCUGAAUUCCGCCUGCCCCCAGCUUCGUUCCAACACGGAGCUCAGAGCAACGACAAUCGCUCAAGCGAGCCGCCUUUUGACUCGCAGGUCCACCAUCUGCUCACACUGCACGAGAACCUGCGUGAGGAGGUAUCUCGAAUGUCCACUUCUUUGACCGAGGUCGAAGGCCGUGCCAACAUGAUGAUUAUCAACGAGAGCCAGCGCAACAAGGACGAGAUGUUGCAUACGAAUGCUGCCAUCAACAACAUGCGCAUGCAGUUGCAUUGGCUGAUGAGCGCAACCAUCCAGCAACGAACCACCACUACGUCGUCGUCGCCGUCGUCGACAACGUCCAGACCCUCUGCAGGCACAAGCGCGGGCACUACAGACCGUAGCACGACGCAAGGGCCUAGCUCCAGGCCGGGUCCCAGCGGAGUGUUACCUGCGCCAUACCGGAGGCUGAGCGACACAAACCGGCAAGACACGAAGCUUUGAACUGGUUCGCCCUCAGGACCAUGCACGCUCGGGUAGCACAGUAUGAUUUACGAAAAGUGUUUUCAUCGGCGUUAGUAUACGGCAGGACUCGUCUGUCAUCUUCUCAAGGGAGUUCAUGACACAGGCAUAGAUGUAGAUACCCUUUAUCUCGCGCAAUGGUUGUUAGAUGGAGCAAGGUACGCGACACGAUCGCAGAGCGAAAGGUGCUUCACCAGUCGAAGUAUAUAUACCCCCGUAGCUCAAUACCAGAACAAUACCUUUAUUGACUUUGGAGUCAGCAG